AUGGAGAGCCGACGGUCUUCUCCUUCUCCUCGCCGCAUGCGAAGACCACGAUACAGCAUGCAAAGACAGCGAAGCAACUCAUUCCCUAUCGUUGAAGCCUUGGGCUGCUCGACACCAGAAGCAUUAAUCAUCCUGGCCGAGGGUCGGGCUGCUGUUCGGAAACGUCGUGCCCGACGCAACCAGUCAGUCGACGAGGCCAUGCACGCCUUCAAUCCCAAGGACCACUUGAAAUUCCUCGAGGGACUCGCAGCCAUGGCAACACCUCUAGAGCAAUCGACGCCUUAUGAACCCACACACUCCCAUCACUCACGGAUACCUUCGGAUGCCACAGACAGGAGCACUUCUACUAUUGUACCCGAUAUUGAGGACGCCCAACCUCGCAACCUUCCUCCUACUAUCAACAGUUAUUCCGCCAACCUAGCUCAGUUCAUCAAGGACCAGCUCAAAUCGAUACCAACCUACCAGCUCAACGAGGCACCUGGUUCUCCUCUCUCGCCUCGAUCAUGUCCAGACCUGGCAUCGCCAACGCGCCUAUCUCACUCACCAAACCCCAUGGUCAGAAGACAGCAAGAAGGCCUCAAAGUUAUUGACAUGCCUCCGGUGCGACCACCGGUAAAGAGCCAAUUCUCGGCAUGGAGCUCGACCGACGAAGAAACUCCUGCUGACGGGGAUGCACUUCCUCUGCCAGAGUCAACCUUCUCCCCAAGGGUCCCCGUAUCCAAGGACAGCAACUAUACGCCUUCUGUACUAGGCUACUACGAGACAUCGCACAACAACUCGUCAUUUCUAUUUUCGUCCACGCCACUAGAGGAAGAUUCUGCGCCUGACACGGCCAGGGCUUUCAGGUUCCCAAGCCACUCAGCGUUACCGACUGCCUCGCCUGAACAGGGAGAUGACGACUACCCCUCGUCAUGCCCUUCUCAGCCUCAGCUCACCUUUACGUCAGCCCCGUCGUAUACCUCAUCAUCAGCCUCCUUCUCGUACUUUGACUGCAAGCGCCCUAGAGCCAUCACGCCCCACAUGAAGGAGCGGGUCGUUGCGGCAGUGACGCCUGCACACCUACGGAACAAGCGGCACACAGCCAUGUCGCCUUGGGAGGGAGGCCCCGUCGCAAAUGUUCAUGAUCUCUAUUACGAGUCGUCGCAACAACGGGUCAAUGUCGAUGGCAUGACCUUCGACAUGCUACGAGAGUUCAGCUUUCCCAAUAGGGUCACACCUUGCUGA